AUGGCCGAACGAAUGAGUGCUUUCGAUAGUUUCGGUUAUUCGAGCGCGUUGGUCGCGGGCGGAACCGUUCGCGAAAAUCAAAUGGAGUCCGACGGUCGUGCGAAUGUUUUUGGCGCGAACAGUACGGAUUCGACGUUGCGAAAAGUGUUGGCAGCCGAAACAUUCACUCACACGGAUAAAGUACAACCUGAUUCAUUCUCGUCGUCAUCGUCGUCGGCGUUGUUCGGUGGAAAUGUGUUGGAAAAUUUCACUUUACAACCAAACUUUCACCGACAUCAGCAGCCUCAGCGCAACAAACGAAAGCGCAAAGAAUCGUCUUUUUCUUCCUGUUCAUCAUCCUCGUCGGCAUCGUUGUUGUCGCUGGUGCCGAACGCCAAACGAAGUCCAUCUACGGCACUAACGGAGGGUGAUGUGGGCGAGGAAAACUCGUUCGUUGGGGGUGGUAGUGUGGAAGAACUGUGUGUGCAGAAGGAAAGUGAAAAAUCGUUUGGUUUGGUGAAAUCAGCUGAUUUGAAUGAAUCCUCAUCGUGUGGCAGUCGACCACAGGACAACAACAACAGGUCGGCCCCGAAGAGGGAUGAGGAAGAGCUGGGUUCGCCUAGACGGAAGCGACCAAAAUACGACUACACACGUGAUCAGAUGUUUCAAAUUUUCCAGCCGUGGGUGAUACGAACGUAUGGUGAUCGCGCGAAGACGAAGACAAUCACGCUGAAGAAACAAGCGAGAAUUGCUAGGGCCCUCAGGGGGCUCGAAAUGAACAACCCAGACAGCUCCAAGUUUCGAUUCUGGGUCAAGACUAAAGGAUUUACCACAACCAAACCACCGAACUUCCAGGACAUUUUCGUGUUCCGAAAUCAGGAAGAGAACGACGGUUGCAUGCUGUACGCACCGAACUCUACGGAAUCCGAUACCCAACCAUACAAGAAGGUGGCCAUUGUGGAGAAUUUCUUCAACAUCAUUUACGGUGUGCACGUUUCGCUGGGAAGCCGUUCGAGCAGACAUGCUGGUCAGAAGCGAACCUACAGAACGAUUACAGAAACAUACGCAUUUCUGCCGCGGGAGGCGGUUACGAAGUUUCUUUCACUGUGCGGUCAGUGCUCUAGGGCUCUGCGACCACUGUCACCUCUCAAAUUGGACGAAUCUAUGGUGGUUAGUAGUUCGCAAACUUCGAAGACCGAUGAGUCAUUUGAUUGCCUUGGCGGUCAGGCGGUAUGCUCACCUCCUCCCCCUUCCCGCAGUGCAAGUCAAGUUCGUAAAAUAUGUGAUGAGAAUAUUGAUAGUGUGAAUGAGGACGCAUGCCGGAAGAAGGGGGUGUUUGUGGAUCUUACCGACGCACCAGAAUCCGAUGAAGCAACUGGAUGCAAUUCUCCUAAAGUGUCUGAAAACGUUACUGCCGCAGAAAGUGCCUUCUCUACUAAAGUACAAAACAGUGAAGCAAAAGCCGGGAAAGAUAGUGAAGAGAUGCUUCCGAGUAAUGAUAAAUCAGAAGAAAAAGUAUGUCCAGAAAAAGAAUUGAGUGAGUGUUUUGAUACAAGUGAAAACAUGAGACUGAACAACAUUCUUGAAGAUGUUAAUGUUGUUAGUGAUAAUGAUGUUAGUGAUAGUGAGGCAGAACAAAAUGAUUCAAGGCCGAUUACAUCCACGUAUUUGGAGCUAACGAGGAGCAUGGGAGUGACUGAUGACGACGCAUUGAAUAUGACCACCUGCAACCGAAAUACGCUUACCUGUAUACACACGUUGUUUGGGAUGGCAGCGAAAAGAAAAGCAAGUGCGAUGAUGCACAGCAGCAAGGAUUCAAUUUCCAUGCCAUUCAAUAGCGAGUCCACGGAGAACAACGGGACAAGUGGCGGGACUGCUGCCGAAGAUGCAUAUGCUGGAUUAAUCAAGGACGCAGACAAAUUCAAACUGAUGCUACUUGCGUGGAACUACCAGAACUCAGCGGCAGGUAAAUCUCAAAAUGGUUCUGAAGGACCAGAUCUAGCCACAAUGACCAACCUUUGGCAGCAGUACCAAAACGCGCUAGCGAUGAACGCCAAGACAUCGUUCAAUCAGCUACCGAUCACCGAACGCCAGCAGCCUUCCCCCAUCGAGCAACAGGAUGAAACUAACUCCUCGGAGCAGAAAGAUGACGACGAUCUGUCGGAAGAUGAUUCUGAAGAUCGCAUUGAGGCCACCGUUAACGAUCCGGAACGGCUGAAGGCGUUCAACAUGUUCGUUCGAUUGUUCGUGGACGAAAACCUGGAUCGUAUUAUUCCCAUUUCGAAGCAGCCAAAAGAGAAGAUUCAAGCCAUUAUCGAUUCGUGCACCCGUCAGUUCCCGGAGUUUGCGGAGCGGGCCAGAAAACGUAUACGAACGUAUCUCAAAUCCUGUCGGCGAAAUAAGAAAACUCGCGAGGGUUGGGAGAACACUUCCCGGCCAACGCCAGCCCACUUGACUUCCGUACAAGCCGAGCAAAUACUGGCCCUUGCUUGCGAAAACGAAAGCCUCAACGCCAAACGGAUGCGGAUAGGACUGGAACCGAUCAGUCAAUCUGUCAGUCAAACAACGGCGGUAAGUUAUAUGACAUCAGAACCUCCGAAUGUACCAACCCUGUAUCAGAAUAUGAAUCUCAAAUGUGAAACAGAAUCUGUACCAGCGGUCAAAACAGAACCGUUGACGAGUGUUCCUAAGUUGUCACCUGUACAGACUCCGACUCCAGAUAUAAAUCAGAUGAAACUGAACAUCCCGAGUGCCAGUGCCAGCUCUACGCCCACCAUUCCAACAACCGUCCCAACCAUUUCCAACUUCCACGACUAUAACACCGGGUUUCCCAACCGAUCGCAACACUAUCAGAAUUUUAUGAACUCUGCCAACAGUUCCAAUAGCACAAGCACAACGAUGACCGCAUCCGGUACUGCUCCUACGGAUCUUUCCAUGAAACGACCCAUCCUGGCGCACAAACUGAACAGCGCCGAGAUCACGGCGGUCAAGCAAUUGGUCACAGGUUACCGGGAAAGUGCCGCCUUCCUGAUGAGAAGUGCCGACGAGCUGGAAAACCUCCUACUGCAACAGCAAUAAACGAUUUCGAGAACUACUAUUAUGUGUUAACAGUACUCAAAUGGGAACGAUACAAUAAGAAUACUGCGCUGAACGUUACUUAUUCGGAGAUACCAAAAACUACCUGUACGGUUACAGUUUAGAUGAUACAGAAGCGAUAUAAGUGUCGUAAUGAGUUUUUAAGUUGUGUAAAAAGUGUUAAAUAAAAAGUUAGAAAUUAAAAUUUUCGAAAACUGGCGGAAAAAUUACAAAACACAGGGUGAUAUAGAACUACAAAGAAAUAUAUUUAUUUUAAGAUAAAGACAAGAAAAAUACGAUAACUCAAUGGAGGAGGCAAGAUGUAGCAACACGAAUACUGAUUCAACUUUCUGAAGUCCAUCUGAUCAAACCAUAUUGUAAUUAGGUAUUCCACUAUGUCACUAUUGAUAUUUGCCUAUCUAAGUUGAGAAGGCUAAACGAAAGUAUCAACUAAGAAACACAGGCAAACUCAUCUGCAUCUG